GUGAUAUGCCGUAGAGUUAGCAACAAGACUCUAUCGCUAACGGAAAGAUCAUCGAGCGCGUUAUCGUCAAGUUUUCCAAGAAAUUUACUGAACUUUCUAAUGGUCGGUUAAGUGGCUCUAAUCGGCACAUGAUUAAUGUUGAUGGUCUAACUAUUGGACUCUAAGAAAAUAAGGUAGUUUUUACGAAAAUGUACUCAUAGAGCAGGUCAGCCAAAUAGACGGUCGGCGACAACUCUCGGGUCUUUGACCAAUAAUAAUGUGGAGGAUCAGUGACAUAUCAAAGCUGUAUCGGCCGUAAUGAGACGGCUCUGGUCCGUCAUCUUUACCAUUGUCCUUGUUUUGUGGGGGGCGGUUAAGGCAGAUAGUGAACAAUGUCCAGACUCAACUGUAAACCCUUCUUGUCACUGCCACAAAUUGGAAAAAGACCUACAGUUGGAUUGUCCCGCUGCCACUGCUCAAACUCUACGCAUGAUACUGGAAAAAAUCAGUACCCCGAUUCAGUCCCUUACAGUACACGAGCCAGACAAAGCAAUGACGAAACUCCCAAAGAACAUAUUUCCAGACUCAACCAUUAUACGCUCUAUCGAUAUAUCCCGUUCGAACAUCGAAGAAAUUCACGAUGAGUCGCUUCGUCCCUUAACGCCACAUUUAGAGAGUUUCAGUCUCAGAGAGUCCCAGUUGAAAGAAAUUCCACAGAAGGCUUUUAAGGGACUUAGUAGACUUAUUGCUUUAGAUCUGGAGAACAACCAGAUUGCCGAGAUACCAAGAUAUACGUUUUAUGGACUCGGGUUGAUGAAGUUAAGCUUGAGAGGCAAUAGACUACAAAGUGCCACUGACUACUCGCUUGCAGGAUUAGAGGCUACACUCUCCGAUCUGGACAUAUCCGAGAACAAAUUGCGAACAUUCCCCAUGAACGCCGUAAGACGUUUGGAACAACUGCGGCAUUUGCGCCUAUCACAUAACGAAAUUAGUUUUAUUUCGGUUGACACUUAUUCACAUCUGAACUCGCUGUUCUACUUGGACCUCAGCAACAACGUUUUUGAGACUAUUAAUAGUGAAACUUUCAAAGUAUGUCUCGCCGUCAGGACGUUAUUGCUUUACUGUAACGCCAUUGAAGUGGUUCAUGAAGAAACGUUCAGUCUAUUGCAAGAUCUUGAGACUCUCGACCUGAGUCGGAACAAGAUUAUUUUUUUGCACCCGACGACUUUUAGACAAAACAAGAAAGUUAGUUGGAUAGACUUGAGCCGCAACCAUUUGCAUUAUGUUAGUGGCGUGUUUGCGUUUUUGCCCAAUUUAGAGCAGCUUUUUCUGUGGGGGAAUAAUGUGCUGGAAGUACUAUCGGAUGCGUUCACGAAUUCCUCCAGCUUAUCGGUUCUUUAUCUGCAGGACAACGCCAUCGGAAGACUGGAUCAGGAAGCUUUUCUGCACCUGACUAAUCUAACGCAGCUGCACUUGGGCUCGAAUUUUAUUUUAAAUUUACCCACAAGCAUCUUCUCAAAUAAUUAUAAUUUGAGCCUAUUGAGUCUAGACGCUAAUUGGCUGAUUGAUUUAGAGCCAGGUUUAUUUGAGAAAACCCUGCUACUAAGAGAGAUAAGACUGCAAAACAACAAAAUCCAAUCAGUUCAUAAAGGCGUCUUUGAUCCGCUGCCAGAAUUGCGGGAACUCCAGUUGCAGCACAAUGAAAUAUCGUCAAUUGAGGAUGGCGCUUUUCGCACAUUGCAGAGUUUACAGCACAUCAAUUUGCAAGACAACGCAAUUACAGACCUAGGCGAUGUGUUUAGGCACACCACUGCCUUAGUGUCACUACAAUUAGAUAACAAUGCCUUAAUGUCCUUACACAAUCAUACAUUAAAAGGGCAAUCCAGCCUGAAAAUAAUGUGGCUUGGACAUAAUAGGCUCCAGAAAGUUGAACAAGCUUUAUUCAGAGAUCUGGUGCAGGUCGAGAAAGUUUACUUGAAUAAUAACAGCAUAUCCCUGCUAGGCGAUCGGGCGUUCGAAGCUAUGCGCUCGUUAAAAUUCCUCUACCUAAAUACCAAUCAUGUGAAGCAAAUUACUUCGAAAACUUUUGCGGAACUGCAUGAGUUGGAGGAGCUAGAUUUGUCGCACAAUCUGAUAGAGCGGAUGGAAGGCAGAGCGCUAAUAAAUUUAAAAAAGUUAAGGGUGCUGGAUUUGUCGUUUAAUCCGCUUAAAGUUUUACACGAUUCGAUUUUCCAGGAGGGAUUGCCUAUUAGGACGCUCAGUUUGGUUAACUGCUCCAUUUCUAAGAUCGAGUCGGAUGCCUUUCGCGGUUUGAACAAUCUUAACGACUUAAACUUGGCUAACAAUAAAUUAUCCGUUCGCGAUCUGCGCCACCUCGACAUUCCUGGUUUACGAGAUUUACAGUUGUCCCACAAUAAGUUGAGUGACUUGGACGAGGAGGCACUAAAUGGGCUUCCCUCUUUGCAAGAGAUUACCCUCGAAAAUUGUGUGAUCGCCAAGUUACCGCAUUUAGUGUUCGCCAAAAAUAAGAAUCUCAUGAGAAUCGACUUGACUGCAAACUUCUUAACAGGGUUGCAUCCGGGAAUUUUUGCUCAAUUAAAUAUUUUGAAGGAACUCAAGCUGAACUUUAAUAACUUGACUCAAAUCCCGUAUCAGACCCUUUCCAACAUUUCUACGAUGGAAGCUCUGGCUUUGUCACAUAAUAACUUCGUUACAUUAGAGGUGUAUCAAUUGAACGGCAUGCCGAACUUGCGGCAUCUGGAUCUCAGCUAUAAUUUCAUAUCGGGACUUACUGGCUUCAGCUCGACUACUCUCAAUCAAUUACUAUCUGUGGAUUUAAGCGGCAAUAAGCUGGCGACGCUCCCAACCAAUUUUUUCCAUCAUUCCCAUCUCCUUAGGCAAGUCGACCUUUCGGAGAAUCGAUUUCAUCACAUUCCAAACACCGCUUUGUCAGAAAUUACCCUACCGGGUCUGGGAUGGCUUAAUAUAUCUGGGAAUCCCAUUGUAAACAUGCACAAAAUUAUUGGAUCCGUUCGAAGCUAUCCAGCUCUCGAGGAGAUGCACUUGGAACACAGCGACCUGAUCGUAAUAACCAGUAAGGAAUUCGAGCUAUUCCCGUCUUUACUUCACGUUCAUUUAGGAUAUAACAAGAUCCUGAAAAUAUCCCCAGGCGCAUUCAGCUCCCUCCAUCAACUAAUCUCGUUAGAUCUGGGAGUCAAUCAAAUAGAAAUCAUACCACAAGAACGUCUAUUUGGUUUGAACAACCUUCGCAUACUCAACGUAACACAUAAUCGCUUAAAGGACUUGGACGAAUUUCCCGAGGAUCUCAAAUCGCUUAAAGUCCUGGAUGUAUCUUAUAAUCAAAUAGCAAGAAUUAGGAGCACAACCUUCAACUACCUCAUAAACUUGGCCGAAUUGUACUUAUAUGGCAACUGGGUCUCUUUCAUUGCACCUGAAGCUUUCAGAGCUCUUAAAGCUUUGAUCAUUUUAGAUUUCAGUAGAAACUAUUUAGAGAAAAUACCCGGAGAAGCACUCAAAUAUUUAGAGACGCAGAUUCGAAGUUUGAAUGUCGAAGAUAAUCCAUUAGUCUGCAAUUGUGACUCAGAAGAAUUAUGGGAAUGGUUGAAAGAUCAUCGUAAACUAAUGAAACAGCCGGAAAAUAAAGUCAUGAAAUGCCAUCGUCCCGAACGUCUGACUGGAAAAGUCUUCAUUGAGUUGGAUCCGGAACAAUUUUGUAAUCAACCAAUGGUAGUCAAACUGGCCAUUCAAGAUAUUCAACCAUUUUCGGUUUUGGUUUCAUGGCAGAGCAGAAAUCAUUCAGGACUUUAUGGAUAUCAAAUAGCGUACUAUUCAAUGGACAGUGUCGAAGAAGUGAGAGGAAAAAUGCUCGAUCAGUCAGCUCGGUCACUGAAACUGACUCAUCUUUAUCCCGGAAUAAGAUAUCGAAUUUGCGUACUAGCAUUAGGACAUUGGAUUUCAUCACGACGAAGAGCAACUGCUCAGUCCCGAUUAGCAUUUAAGAAACCAACAAUGGCAAAUAGUACCGAUAGUCGGAAAGACGGAUUUCACGUGUUUCAGGACAAUAUUUUGCCAGUUUUAGUAGAUUCAACCACUAGCAAAUGCACAGAGGUUCUAACUUUGGGAGCACCUGAUUUAAGUGUCUUACACGAUCAUUCCACCGGAUCCCAGUCAAUACUAACGAGAAGACUUGGGUUAAUUAUCGGAUGCUGUAUGGGAGUCGUUGUUUUCAUUGUUCUAGUUUCAAUCCUGGGCUACUUGAAGAUCAAAAAACAGCGAAGGGCAUUAAAACGCGACCAACCCACUGUGCCUCCGGAAUACAUGUCUUAUCGGCAUUUUUCCAUCCAGAGCGGAGAAUUGAUCGAUCGGUCAGGUCAUCCUCAAUUCAUUACCGACAUAAACAGUAGGACAACGCUCAAUUAGUUAGGAUGUACUCAGAGCUUCCUUUUUAUUCGCGUUUUUAAACCGGCCCUGAUUCAGUGAGUGUUUUUACCUGAUUUAGUUCAGAUUAAUUAGCUAUAAAUAAAAAGUUCUAACGUUCUAAUUUUCGAAGUCAAGUUUUACAUAUUUUAAGUCCAUUUUUUUAACCCGUUUAACUUUAAUUGAUCGCAUAUUCUCAAAGUACUAACAAAGGGCCUACGUAUAUAGAAACCAAGCAAUAGAUAUAACUAUCUUGGGCCUUAAGGCAAAAUAUCUCUGUAACAUCACCUAAAUCUUUGCUUUUCAAUAUGCACAAGAUGAUCAACUUUAGAUAAAAGUGAAAAAUGAUCCUCCCACUCAAUUGCUAGUUAUCGCAAGUAUUUGUUAUCAAAAGGAAUUUUUGAUGAAGACUUGCCUUCUUCAAGCUCUUCAGUAGGUUUUUGUACUUAGCAAGAAGAGCGUGAUUGAAUUCAGAGCUCUCUAUAUCCUGAACACGCAGAGGGUCACUGCACAUAAACAUUUUUAGACCAAACUGGUUGUUUAAAUUGUUAUUAAGUUUUAUAUGUAUAUAUUUUAAAUAGAUGUUAAUAUAUCCCUAUACUGCAUU